AUGGAUGACACCGAUCAGUUCCACGGGAAGAAGUUUCUUCAACAACUAUGGAAAUUCGGUUACGACUGGGACCAACUCCUUUCACAGGAACAUCAGGAAAAAUGGAGCAACAUCAUUCAAGAAGUCAACGGGUUCCAAUGCCAUAUCGACAGAAAGGUCGCACAGAUAGACGAAACCACUAACUUAGUGUUGUUCUCCGAUGCUAGCAAAGAAGGAAUGGCAGCUUGUGCCUACCUCUCCACCGAACACAGAUCGAGCCUAAUGGUCGGAAAAUCAAAAUUGCCAUCUAUCAAAGAAAAUAUUACCGUCCCGAAGUUAGAACUCAACGCACUCACUCUGGCAGUACGACUGGCACAUACAGUAUAUCAAGCCGUUAACGCGCGCACAAAGAUACAACACGUGGCGAUCUUGUGUGAUUCGGAAAUAGCUCUCAGUUGGAUUUCAUCCUUUCCGGUCGAACAGACUGCUGGAGUACUUGUCAGGAACCGAGUUAGGGAAAUCAGGAAACUGGUUACUGAAUUUCAAGCACCGGUACAUUUCGGAUAUGUGAGCACUACAGAGAAUCCUGCUGAUUGCGGCACAAGAGGAGUAACAAAAGCAGAAUUACUAUCGCCUCUGUGGUGGACAGGACUUCCAUUUAUCCGUCAACAGAUUGAGAAGUGGCCCAACGAAUGUCGACUCAUCUGCCUCCACAAAGAGGUCGACGAAAAUGAAACCUGCAUAUUGACUGCCGAUUCCAAAGAAACCCUCUCUUAA